GUCAUCAGAGUGCGUCAUGAGCGUCUGAUAAACCGGCAGCAUGAAGCGGUGGAGCCGGACCGGUGUGACCUUGUUGUUCGGAGCGGGACUCGGGGCUUCGGUUAGCCGCCUGCUGAGUGUCAGAGGCCGGGGGGAGGAGGAGGAGGAGGACGGUCUACUGAGCAGAAUCCCGGUUCUCCCGGUACCGAGAGUCCAGGCCUCUGAGUUAACGGUGAGUCCAGGCGGUUCAGGAGUGGUGAUGAAAUAUGGCUUUCCCUCAAUGGCCAACAUCAAGACCAGAGAGUCGUACGUCACCUCAUAUGAUCCCCGCACCCGCACUGCAUCAUGGGUAAUAGAGAGGCUAAACCCCGCCACCCUGAGCGGCUCUUCAGACAGGAAGUACUGCGAGUUCAAAGAGGAUGAAAGUGUGCACGUGUUUCACAGAGCGACCAAUGCCGACUACAGAGGGAGUGGCUUCGACAGAGGUCACCUGGCUGCUGCAGCCAAUCACAAGUGGAGUCAGAAAGCCAUGGAUGACACCUUCUACCUGAGCAAUGUAUCACCACAGAACCCUCACCUGAACCAGAAGACCUGGAACAAUCUGGAGAAAAUGUGUCGCUCUCUGGCUAAACGUUACCUCAACGUCUACGUCUGCACUGGACCACUCUACCUGCCCAGGCCGGAGGCUGAUGGGAAACUCUACGUUCGAUAUCAAGUUAUAGGACAAAACCACGUGGCUGUGCCGACACACUUCUUCAAGGUGCUGAUCCUGGAGCAGGCAGACGGCAGAGGGGUGGAGCUCCGAUCUUACGUUUUUCCAAAUGAACCCGUCGAUGAGAAGAUUCCUCUGGAGCGUUUCCUGGUUCCCAUUGAGACCAUCGAGAGAGGAUCAGGACUUCUGUUUGUCCCAAACAUCAUGAAGAGGACCAGCACCCUGCAGGCCAUCACGAACAGAUGAACUAGACCUCCAACUGUCGCUCCACAAACACUGGUGUUUUAUCUGCACUUUUCCAGCAGGAGAUUCAAACCAGACAUAAUGACUCAUAAAAUACAAAAAAACAAGUAUAGACAUGUGCUGAGGAUGGACUGCACUACCCAUAAUCCUCUGCUGUGGUUGUGUGAGGAGCCUGUGAAAGCAGAUAUCAUGGAGCAAACCAAAAAACAUUUUAGUGCAGAAUAAAUGCUAUAUAUAGUUUAUUUAUAAAUGUGAUGUAACAUUUAGAUACAUUAUCCAUAGUUUAUGUCAUACACUCACACAUGAAGAACCACUUUCUGUGUAAUAAUGUGGUUCAUUACUGCAGAACUGAAAGCUUGUAAAAACACUCAUGAGCUUCUCUCCAGGUUGUUCCUGGUGUGACAGAGAUCGUGAUAUCUUUGAGUAAAGCUGAAUGGUGGUAGAAAAAAUCAGGGAAAUAUAUUAAAAUAUAAAUUCUGAAAAGAGA